CUGAUAUCUAAUCUUGACCUUUUUGGCUGGCAACACUUUUGCGAGCUUUAUCUCUUCUGGCUUUUGAUUCCUGGUUUUACUACUACUUUUACUACUAUUACUACUCCUAUUUUUGCGUAUGGACGUGGUCGAGCAGCACGCUGCGGCUGGUCUGAGCCUCCUCGUCGGCGGCGAUUUCGAUGCUGCCGCUGCCCACUUCCGCGUCCACAGCGACGCUUCGCCGCUCCACUCGCUCGGCCUCUCCUACGUCGCCUUCAUGCGUGCAUUGAUUACAUUCGAGGACGACGAUAUGGAGCUCGCCAAGACGGCGUUCGCUGCGACCGAGCAGCUGUGCAGCGGGAAGGCGAGCCAGGUCGCGUCAAAGCUCCAUCCCGGUGAUGACGCAGCGUCAGCAGGAGCAGCGGAGCUCCUCGACGACGAUCUGGACGACGAUCUGGACGACGACGAGAGCGAUGGCAUCACGGCCAGCGUCACACGAUCGGCGUGGUCCUUCACGUCCAAGCUGUUUGGUGGCGGCGGGAGUGGCGGGAACGCGAGCAAUCGGGCUGCUGGCAAGACUGGCUCCUCUGCCUCUGGGGCGGGCAAUCGUGGCUCGGUCGUACUGCCCAGUGCAAGCGCAAGCGAUCCUGGUGCGACAGAGGCAGCCGCGCGGCGUUCACUGGCCAAGGCGCGCGCGAAAAUCAUUCGCAAGUGCGCGCUCGGAGAUACAAACCUGCUGCUCGGGCUGGUCACCAUCGUCCAGCAAGAGUCCGUCAUGGGUUUUGUUCGCGGCGGCCUGCUCAUUCGCAAGGCAUGGAAGGCAUACAGUCGAUGUCAGGAGAGAAUUGCCGGCAUUGAAACGCUGCUCUCGUCACAACUGCUGCCGCCGUUCCCGUCGCGAAGCGCGUCCGACCCGUUCCCAUUCCUUGAGUCCCAGCGUGGCACGCAGAGUGCCGCGAGCGACACCCUUCCAAAUAUUGAGGAUCCGUAUCGACUUCGAGAGUUGGUCGGGUUUGGCACCGGGCUCUUCAACGUUGCCCUUUCGCUCAUCCCGCCACACUUGACCAAGUUUGUCAGCUUUCUCGGGUUUUCUGGUGACCGCACGCGUGGACUGAUUGCAUUGUGGCAGAGCUACUCUUCCGGCUGCUUUCAUGCGUCCUUUUCCGCCCUCGCGCUGCUCUGGUUGUUCAACGGCGUCGGGCAGUUUGUUCCGCUCACCUGGCACGCCAACAACUUUGGCGGCACCGUCACACGCACCACACCACGCUCUGCCCAAGACUCGUCCAUCCUCUCCAUGGCCGCUGACAUUGACGGCAGCGGCGCGCAGGCAGAUCCUGCGUGGAUUUUUUGGUAUCCGUGCUCUGGCUUGACGAUGGGCUCCACGCAAAAGCCAGAGUGGUUUCUUGACAGUGCACCCGAUGAAGGUGUCACGAUCGAUCCGUCAUUGCUGCAGUGCGAACGCAUCCUUGAGCGGUGCCUCGAAAAGUACCACUCGGGCACGCUCUUCCUGGUGAUACGAGCUCGCACCCUGCGCGUGCGCCGUCGUCUCGUCGAGGCCAAUGCUGUGCUGCAAGACGCACUCGAGAAGGAAACGCAGCGUCCGCUUCGACACAUGUGCAUGUACGAGAUGGGCUGGGUGAACUUGCUCAUGCUCAAUGUCGAAGCUGCCGAAUUUUGGUUUUCCAUCCUCUUGCAGGAGAGCAAGUGGGGCAAGGCCCUGUACACGUACAUGCUUGCGCUCUGCGUUGGACUAAGUGGACAGUCUCGGCAAGCUUGCACACUGUUCGCAACGGUGCCCGGAUUGAUCAAACGCGCGUUCGGCGGGAAAAUUGUGCCCGUCGAAAAAUUUGUCCUCCGACGAAGUCAGCACUAUACCGCGCUCUAUCCUCAAGACAAGCAGCUGACGAGUUUACCACUCCAGUCGGAGUUUCUAUUUUUACUUGUGGAGCUGAUUCAUUUGUGGUGUGCUUUGCCACUGAUGGGCAACGCGCUUCCCAUGGUUGCUCAUCAACUCCAAUUUCAUGCCACAACUUGUAGCGACCCCGAAAUGCUAUUGGUCAAUGGAUUGCUCCAGGGCGCGGUCGCGGCUAGUGAAGGACAGGAUGCAUUGGCUCAAAAGCUUCUGGAAUCGGUUGUGGCGUAUGAAGGAACACCAAAACGCGAGCGUCAGGCCAUUCCCAACGCCCUGUUUGAGCUGGCCAUGCUUCAUCGAAGACGCGGGAACGAACACAAGGCCGGCCAGUUGCUACAGACACUCGACAAGGCCGGAACAGAGUUUGAUAUGGCCAACCGGUUGUUUACACGCGUGCAUGCGGCCAUGCAGAUGUCAGCCAAAGCCUAGGUUGUUCUAGUCGAGUGGCUUUGAGCGUACAGUUAAAUUUACUCUGUCGUGUGAAUACAUGAAUAAGCGCUG